AUGAGGGCUGAUCCCAAUAAUGGAUAUGUUAACAAAUUCCAAGUAUACACUGGAAAGGAGGGAAACGUGGCCGAAAAAGGACUCGGUGAACGUGUUGUACGAGACCUCACCAGAGAGAUUUGGGGAAAGUACCACCAUGUGUACUGUGACAACUACUUUACCUCGGUAGACCUGUUUCAAGACCUACUCAACAACCAAACUUAUGCCUGUGGUACGAUACGUACAAACCGCAAGGGAAUUCCUCCAGCCGUGGCAAAUGCAAAGUUGAAGAAACAAGGUGACAUGGUACAACGGCAGAAAGAUUCUAUGGUUGCCACUGCCUGGCAUGACAAGAGAACUGUAACUCUGUUGUCAACCAAUUCAGAUCCACGUGAUGUGACAGAAGUACAAAGGAAGCAGAAGAACGGAGAAAUCAUCAAUGUGAGAUGUCCUAAAAUUGUGAAGCUGUACACCCAAAACAUGAAUGGUGUUGAUAGAGCAGAUCAGCUAAGAUCCACCUACAGUAUUUGUAGAAAAGCAGCCAAGUGGUGGAAAUACCUGUUUUGGUUUAUGGUUGAUGUCGCUAUUUGCAAUGCUUUCAUCCUUAUGAAGAAAUCGCCCAACCACAUCACCACCACUAAAUCAGGAAGGCGCAGGGAGAGGAAACAACUAGAAUUCAGACAGAAACUGGCCCAUCAACUUAUAGGGGAUUACUGGGGAAAGAGAAAACGUGAAUCCGUUGGAGAACAUCAGACAAGAGGGCUUUCACACUGGCCUACUGAGAUGGACAAAAAGCGCACUUGUAAGCAGUGUGCCAAGAACAAAAUUCGCCGAGAGAAGAUAUACAGCUGUGAACAAUGUGGAGUGAACUUGUGUGUGACUUGCUUCAAGCCAUAUCACAUGGAAAAACACCCUGAACUGUUCAAUUGA